UCCGCCCCCCGCUCCCAUUGGCGGCCAUGGCGGCGAUCCGCACCGUGCAGGGCUCGGUGGCGCUGGUGACCGGCGGCGGCUCCGGGCUGGGCCGGGCCACGGCGGAGCGGCUGCUGGAGCGGGGGGCGCGGGUGCUGCUGCUGGACCUGCCCUCGUCCGGGGGCGCCGAGCUGGCCCGGGAGCUCGGGGAGAGCUGCGCGUUCGCCGCCGCCGAUGUGACCUCACCUGAGCAGGUGAGCGCGGCGCUGGGCGUGGUCCAGAAGAAGUUCGGCCGCCUGGACCUGGCCGUGAACUGCGCCGGCAUCGGCAUCGCCGUCAAGACCUACAACAGCAAGAAGGACAAAGUGCACGACCUGGAGGACUUCCAGAGGGUCAUCAACGUGAACCUGGUGGGCACCUUCAACGUGAUCCGCCUGAGCGCGCAGCUCAUGAGCCACAACAAGCCGGACGCCGACGGCCACCGCGGCCUCGUGGUCAACACGGCCAGCGUGGCCGCCUUCGAGGGACAGGUCGGCCAAGCCGCCUACUCGGCCUCCAAGGGCGGCAUCGUGGGCAUGACCCUGCCCAUCGCCCGCGACCUGGCACCGCUGGGCAUCCGCGUGGUCACCAUCGCGCCAGGGCUGUUCUCCACCCCUCUCCUGGCCGGGCUCCCCGAGAAGGUUCGGCGCUUCCUGGGCCAGCAGGUGCCGUUCCCGUCCCGCCUCGGGGACCCCGCCGAGUUCGCGCACCUGGUGCAGGCCCUGGCCGAGAACCCCAUGGUCAACGGCGAGGUGGUGAGGCUGGACGGGGCCCUCAGGAUGCAGCCCUGAGCCCCAAAACCCGGGAACCCCCAAAAUUCUUCAGGGGAACCCCAAAAAUCUGGGGAACCCCAGAAAUCUGGGGUGGGAGAGGUGACGGAGAGGAC